ACUUUACGUUGUAUUAAAUCUGAUUAAUUAUAAAUAUCAGAGACAUCUUAAUGAAAGGAUGCAAGUUAACAAUGGCAUCAACAAACACAACCCUCUUCCUUACCCUUUUAACCAUAAUAAUCAUUUUUGUCAACAACAAAUGCAAUGUUGAAGCAUUGCCCAAAUUUCCUGCCAUUCUCAGCUUUGGUGAUUCGACUGUUGAUUCUGGUAACAACAACUACAUCGCAACUGCGGCCAAGGGCAAUUUUCUUCCAUAUGGUCAGGACUUUCCAGGUCACAAGCCAACAGGGAGGUUCUCAAAUGGAAAACUUGCCACUGACUUCAUAACCUCUCAUCUGGGGAUCAAGGAGACUCUGCCACCCUUCUUGGAUCCAAAUUUAUCAGACGAGGAACUCAUUUCGGGUGUUAGUUUCGGAUCAGGUGGGUCUGGGUAUGAUGAUUUGACAUCCUCUUUAGCCAGAGUGAUUUCAAUGCCCAGGCAAAUUCAGCUUUUUGGAGAGUAUGUUGAGAGGCUCAAGAGUACUGUUGGGGAACAAAUGGGCAACAAGAUAUUGAGGGAGGUUCUGGUAAUUGUUAGUUCUGGGACUAAUGACUUCAUUAUCAAUUUUUAUGAUAUGCCCACAAGGAGGCUGAGGUACAACAUUAGUGGGUACCAAGAUUUUCUGCACUCUAAGCUACAAGAUUUUGUUAAGGAACUCUACAACAUGGGAUGCCGAAGAAUUGUUGUGACGGGUCUUCCUCCAAUUGGGUGCUUGCCAAUUCAACUAACUGCAAAGUUUAAGAAUCCUCUUGAUCGUAGAUGUUUGGAAGAUCAGAAUGCAGAUGCUCAGUCCUAUAAUUACAAGCUUCAGAAGCUACUCCCCCAAAUACAGAAAAUCCUUCCAGGGAGUCUAAUUCUACAUGCAAAUAUCUAUGAUCCACUUUUUGAUAUGAUCAAUAACCCACAAAAAUAUGGAUUUGUGGAAACGACGAGAGGAUGCUGUGGCACUGGACUCUUGGAAGUAGCAUUUAUUUGCAAUCCUAUCACUCCAACAUGUGGAAAGGCAUCCCAGUUCGUGUUCUGGGAUUCAGUUCAUCCCAGCCAAACCACCUACAAGUACCUUGCUAUCUACCUGGAGAAGGAACUUCGUCCGAGUAUUACAUAUCUCAAUCAUACAUAUUUAAAUUGAUGAAGAUUCACAUUUCCAGCUACCAUUUUAUAGUUGACUUUGUAUAUCCAUAUAUGGAUUCCAUGAACUGUCUUUGCCUGCCUCUGUACAAGACUAGUUGUGAAUGGCUGAAGGGGAACGUCCUAAUUCCAUGUAAAUUAAAUCAAGGCAAUUGACAGGUAUCUGAUUAUUGCACUUGCCCUGUUUACUUUACCAAACACGUCCCUUUCUUUUGCCUUUUGCAAAUAGGGUAUAUCAUAAGAACUUAUAAGCAUGGUUUCUACAAACUAUCCCUCAUCUCGUUAUUGUCCUUGGUAUCUAACAGAGGAAGAGGACCUUCAUCAUAAUGAAAGCCAGUGUAUUUUGGGCCCGGCAGCUUAAAUCAAGAAUUGCCAACACUUGAUAGUAACUUUUGUAGUACCUUUCUUAUGGUCAUAUCCUCAACCACAAGACUCUCCGUAACUUUUGUAGUACGGUCAGAUCCUCAGCCACAAGACUCUCCUGUCUAUGGAUACACAGAAUCCACAUGUAUGUCACUCAACCCUAACCCUGGAUGCAAACAUGUUCAGGACAUAUGUAACUUAACAGCUUCUACAUCCGAGACUCAUCCCAAUGUCCAAGAAACAAUUCUUCCAUAGUUAUCCGGUGAGGCUAAGGGAAGAUGACAAUACAGAAUUAUAAACUUCUCAGCAAGAGAGAGAAGAAUAAACCGAACCUCAUAAACAGCUAUAUCACUGUAAGAAGAUAUCACAGUAAUACAAUAAGAAUUCAGCUACCCAACUAUUGAUUGAAAGGUUUCGCAGACUUCUAAGACUGUUUUGAGAAAGAUGUGCAUUAGCUCUAAAAGCAAAAACAUCUAAUGACAUUGUCAAAUAGAUAUGUCACAAUAUCUUCAUUUAAAAGAAAAUGAUCCAACAUUCAGAAAACAAAACAUGAUUGAUCAUAUACAGAGACUACCCUUACACCUGCCCUCUCCAAUUAAUGUUGCUCCCCCGUCCAUGAUUUCCCUUCAUCACAAGUGAGGGGGAGAAACAAAGGUGCUGAGCAUACACAUCCAGACAUAUAUCACAUAAGUACAUAACCAUAAAUUAUCAGCAUUGCA